AUGCCUGCCGCGGUUCUACUUGUUUUGGAAAAAAGACUGCAGUACCCUUCCGUGCUUACCCUCUCACAUCCUCUGCCUUGCUCUUACCACCCUCUCACAUCCUCUGCCUUGCUCUUACCACCCUCUCACAUCCUCUGCCUUGCUCUUACCACCCUCUCACAUCCUCUGCCUUGCUCUUACCACCCUCUCACAUCCUCUGCCUUGCUCUUACCACCCUCUCACAUCCUCUGCCUUGCUCUUACCACCCUCUCACAUCCUCUGCCUUGCUCUUACCACCCUCUCACAUCCUCUGCCUUGCUCUUACCACCCUCUCACAUCCUCUGCCUUGCUCUUACCACCCUCUCACAUCCUCUGCCUUGCUCUUACCACCCUCUCACAUCCUCUGCCUUGCUCUUACCACCCUCUCACAUCCUCUGCCUUGCUCUUACCACCCUCUCACAUCCUCUGCCUUGCUCUUACCACCCUCUCACAUCCUCUGCCUUGCUCUUACCACCCUCUCACAUCCUCUGCCUUGCUCUUACCACCCUCUCACAUCCUCUGCCUUGCUCUUACCACCCUCUCACAUCCUCUGCCUUGCUCUUACCACCCUCUCACAUCCUCUGCCUUGCUCUUACCACCCUCUCACAUCCUCUGCCUUGCUCUUACCACCCUCUCACAUCCUCUGCCUUGCUCUUACCCACGUGGCUGACAGCACGACCUGGCCGGGGCUGUGAAGGUGGACGACAGCUUCUGGACCAUUGUUCCUUCUUUCAAAAGAUGAGUGAGCUCCACAUCUCGUUGCAAAAGGCCGAACGAGGCAAGCCGUGGCCAGGCGCCAUUUUAGGGCACACUUUGGAUGCGUUCUCUGCGGACCAGGAGUCGAGACGGCUCUUGCUGGAGCGAUUCCAAAUAGAGAAUCCCGGGUUUGACUUCUCUGGAGCAGAGCUCACAGGAUCGUGCCCCGACCCAGCAGCGUUUCUUGGUGGCAUGCAGAGGCAAUAA